UAGCCACUCCUUGAUAAUGAUGGGCACUGACCUUCAUACAGUCCAGAUACCGGCCUCUUACAGGGCAGAGUUAUCUCCCUCUGCAAAUGUCCUCGCCUUCUUCAUAACACAGGGCGAAAAAAGGAGUACCGGAAGUGAUCUACAACACGAUGACACUCGAUGUCCCGGAUGUAUGUCUGGAGGAAUUAACUCUCAGGAAGUACAACCAGAACAAGGUUUACAGGCCUGGCUUCAACACAAGGUUCCGCAUUGACGGCGCCAACAACACGAGAGUAGGCCUGGUGGCAGUCGACCAGUCCGUGUACCUGCUGGCCGGGAGAUCUUCACUGACCAGACAGGAGAUGUUUCAGGCACUGAUGGGCCACAGUCUGGCUUCAUCUUCCCAGUUUCAGAGAGACACCUUCUCACAGACGUGGACGAUGAAUGGUUUUGUUCUUCGAUUCCUGGACACGAGAGGCACACCCCUCUUUGAUGGUCCCGGCCUUCCUAACGACCUCGCGGGAAACAUUUUUGCCUCCUUGCCUUCAAAUCCAGAAGUGCAGAAGACCUUUGAGACUGUCAAGUUCGUGGUGCGACAGAACUUCUCUGAAACUUGGUUAUUUGAAGAUAUACUUCUCUCCAGGCGUAUCCUCCGACAGGACCGGGCCAUCAUGUACUUAAACUGGACAUUGCCGGACAGCCUAACGACCUGGCGGAUGCAUGCGGUGGGCGUGUCUAGUCGCCGGGGUUUGUGUGUGUCCGAGGCCGUGGACUUCACCGUCAGCAAGGAGUUCUUUGUAGAUAUACAUAUGCCAUACAAGGUUGUUCGACUUGAGACUGUGAAGGUGAAGUUCUCUGUCUUCAACUUCAAGUCUAAGAGCAUCAAGGUGACGGUGACUGUGACGGUCCCAGAGGAGUUGUGUAUCGUGCGGGAGGCGGGCCAGGACGACGACACCGACGAGAAGCGAGGCGGGCGAAAAUUGCGGUACACGGAGCGGAUCAAACCCAAGUCGGGGGCGUGGCAUGACUACACCUUCGUAGCUCUGAAGCCGGGACAUCAUCACAUCCGCGCCGUCGCCAGGGCCGGCCGCGUCACAGACACUGUCCAGAAGGACAUGUAUGUUGUGCCAGAAGGCCGCCGGAUGUCCCAGACAGUCACUUUCCAGUUAGACCCAUCAGCUCUGCUUCUGCAUAACGAUACGGGGCCAGCAAAGGACAACAUGGCGGCCGCGCAAAAAGGGGAGAGAAUUAUAUCAUCGUGGAGCAAACUGGAAGACGAGCAGACGACGGUUGUUGACCUGGCGCUGCCUCUCGACACCAUCUCCGGCACCAGCCACACCAACAUGUUCGCCUACGGGGAUUUGAUGGGGGACGUGGUGAGCGGCGUGAUCGUGCAGUCGGAGUCGCUGAUGGAGGAGACGGCGGUGUUGGGGGGCAGGAGGGUGCUGGGGGAUCUGGCCCCGGCCGUGACGGCCCUCCGCUACCUACAACGACAGGGGGUCAUCACGCACGACCUGGAGACGAAGGGGAAAAAGUUUGUAAAGCAGGGUGUUUCGCAGCUUCUCAACUACAGACACCCUAGAGGGGGGUUUCUGCUGCUAGAGGGGCAGCCACCAGCUACGUGGUUCACGGCGGCAGUGCUACAGACGCUGUGUGUUGUCAAGGAGAUGAACUUCACCUACAUCGACCAAACCCUAAUUGAUAAUGGCGCACAGUGGCUGCUGGAGGGGAUCGGGGACGAGAUCGAGAUGACAGAAGACUCACCACGUCACACUGGGAAGACCGAGGCUGACGAUGUCGUGACAUUGGUGUCGGAGGUGUUGCUGUCUAUCUUGCAGUGUGAGAAACACAUCCAAAAGAAGGAGUUUCAGGAUGUGUCGGAGACGUUGAAGGUACAGCUGUGGGCGUUCCUGGAGGAGAGACUGGACAACAUCUCCAGCUCACUCGCCCUAACCAAGGUCAGUCUGGCGCUGACCAAGGUCAACUCAGAAUAUGCGCAUGUCGCCGUCAGGAGCGUCAUCAACAACAGGAAGAACUCCUCCCAGGGUUUCUACUGGUCCGACACUGACCCGGAAAAGGAAGUGUCGUCCAUGUUCAGAAGUCAAGUCGAGGCCCACUCGGUGGAAGCUACGUCGUUCGCGCUGAUGACAUUCCUGCAUUCGGGGACGUGGUCUGACGUUACACCCGUGGCCAACUGGCUGGUCCAGCACCGCGGCCGACAUGGAGUGUUUAUUGGGAUGAUGGAUACGAUGGCGGCGACGGACGCCCUUGCGAUGUACAGUCACAGACGGCAGUCGCCUAACUCCGACCUCCACUGCAACAUCACGUCACAUCAGUCCCACACGUACCACCAGACCAUAGACUUCUCACAAGAAGAAGCAGUGGUCAAGAAAGGGGUAUUAGGGGCUCCAUCUGGGGAGGUGUACCAGUUCGACAGUCGAGGAUCACGUCUAGGACAGAUGCAGAUCGACACGACGUAUAACGUCGCUGUUGGCAAGAACGACCACUGCACCUAUAACCUGAGCGUCUCCAGCAAACCAUUUGACAUCAGCAACUCUGGGACCACAUUGUGUGAGCAGUGCGGCUUUGCAUGCGCACACGACACUGAAGGCGAGUCAUCACGCCGGAAGCGGAGCGCAGUUGCCAGCGCCAGCAUCAUGUGUAUCGAGGUAUGCCUGACGUCUUUAAGGAAUACCACCAGCCACAACGUUCGUGUGGACACAGGACUUCCGAGUGGUCACAAGAUGAUCCCAGUCACACAGGCCGAGAUGGCUAUUAUGACGAGGAGAAAGGCGAUGUUCCUGUACAAGGAUGGUCUGUUUUCCGUGAUGUUACACAAGGUGACCGAAGGUGAGAAGAUCUGUUUCGGGUUCCGAGCCAUUGACAAACAGGAGGUGGCCCAUCAUCAACCUUCCAUUAUCACCAUCAGGGAGGAGCUACAGAAGGAGCCCUCCUGCAGCCAGGCGUAUGACGCUAAAGACAGCUCGGUGACUCUGCCAGUCCUGUGUUCGAACCUGUCCCAGAGACACAAGGGUGUCUGCAUAUGUGCUUCAGGUACGUGCGGCAAGUGCCAGCCACGCGCCGCGGUAUGAGGAUGAGAACCAAACACGUGAAGAGAGAGUUAUGCGGAGUUGAUUACGUGUACAAAGUUGAGACGCGGGGUACGGAGGAAGAAGGGGCGUGGCGGCACACGGAAACCACGGUGCUGAAGACACAUAUUCAAGGCCGAGACCGGAUACGGGUGGGACAGACGCUAAUGUUCACCACCCCCGGGUACUGCGCCGUGUGCCCCAAUUACAGGGUGGGACAGCCCCUGUACGUGAUGGGGAGGGACGGGGAUCGCCUGAUGGAUGACAGCGGCACAGUGAUUUUCAGACACGUUGUGGACGACUCGAUGGUCUUUCUCAACGUCACAACGACCAGGAUCAAGAAAAGAGGAUCCGCUGUGAAAGAAUCGUACGUGAAACGAGCCAUUAAAAAUCACAAAGCGAAGGGGUGCAUUGGUUCCAAGUAGCAGAGUAAAGUGUUUUGGAAUACUGGUUUUCUGAUGUGUGGACACAUUGGACGUGGACAGGAAGUACCCCAAUGAAGGGUCAACGGCUGCUAUCAUGUUCCUGACUUUAGGAAGGCUCCUGUAACAGCGUUCAGUGUUCGGGAUUAAUGCUUCCUUCUUGUAUUUUAUAUUCACCAGUGUGGAUGGUAUAUGUUCGGGAUUAAUGCUUCCUCCUUGUAUUUUAUAUUCACCAGUGUGGAUGGUAUAUAUAUACAUAUAUAAACCUGUUUAUAUAUAGUCCUCAAAGGUGCAACUUCAACACCAUUCGCUCAGAACUAAUGCAUAUAUAGCUUGGUGUCGUGAAGGUUUAUUUGUAUGGCCCAGCUUCUGAAAGCGUGAAGCUAUAUACCUUAGCAUAGAAUACAUUCCGAAGUCCCGACCCGAGUUCUAAUAGAUGUUUAAUUAUGGGCUCUGGUAGAACAGGCAAAAAGGUUUAGACGGGUUUAGUUCUUGUCCUUGUUGGCUGUGAAGAGGGCGGAAAUCAUUUUUAUCACUCUCAUUUAGUCUUCUCAGAAUCAGUUGUGAAAAUAGCAGGGGUAAAACACGGUGACAGUGCAGUGGUCACUUUUUAUCAGUAUUUCUUUAUACAAUUGCUAGUUUCAAAGUUUCAGUUAAAUCAAAAGAUAAUGAACAUGGUUUUGACAUACAACAUAGGAACAAUGUUGGAUUCCAUUGGGCACAUAACCAACAGUAGGUUUAUUGACAUCGGGCACAUCAUUAUGCAAAUAGUGCAUCUUUUAUAUGUACAAUAUCUUUAUUAAAUAGUUUGCAUUAGA